AGAUGGAGUCUAAUCCUCCCGACUCCGAAGCGCACGAGUUCCAGUUCCGCAGCUCCGAUCCGUAUCCGAGCCCCUCCUUCUCCGACGCCGCCUCCGAUGCCGGGACUCUGGCCAGCGGCGGCAGCGGCGGCGGCCUCGGCGGCGCCAGGUACAAGCUCCUGUCCCCGGCGAAGCUACCGAUCUCUAGGUCCGCCUGCAUCACGAUCCCGCCGGGGCUCAGCCCGACCUCCUUCCUCGAGUCUCCCGUCCUCCUCUCCAACGUCAAGGUGGAGCCCUCACCAACUACUGGUUCCCUUAUUAAGCCUCACAUGAUGCAUGGCUUGAUUGGUACCAAUUCGGAUACAAGACUUACCAAUUCUGGCUAUCCUGAUAGCUUUGAUGAUGGCAGAUCUGGCAUUUUUGAAUUCAAACCUCUAUCUACACCAAACUUGGUUCCUGCAGAGCCGAAGCACCAAGGAAGUGGACAGGCUGUGAAAGUUUUAGGGCAACGCCAGUCUCAACCAUUUGCGUCACUGUCUUCAGUUCAGAGUGAUUUUGCUGUCUCGUCAAAGGAAUUGUGUCUGUCAGUACCUGCUCAAGCAGUUAGCUUAGGGGUUAGUCCACUUGCUGAAGCUGAUCCUGAUGGAUUAUUAGGUAGGAGAGAGCAUCCCAAUAAUGUGAUGCAGGUGACACAGCUGGAUAAUAAAGGGAAUGGCCCUUCUGUCAUUAAUGAGAGACUCUCUGAUGAUGGAUAUAACUGGAGGAAAUAUGGACAGAAGCAUGUUAAGGGUUGUGAAUUCCCACGCAGCUAUUACAAAUGUACCUAUCCUAAUUGUGAGGUGAAAAAGCUUUUUGAACGUGCUCCUGAUGGUCAUAUCACAGAGAUUAUCUACAAAGGAACUCAUGAUCACCCUAAACCACAACCAAGCCGGCGCUUUACUGCAGGAGCGACCAUGCCAAACCAAGAAGAGAGAUCUGAUAGGUUUUCAUUUCUACCUGCAGUGGAGAGCUCAUCAACCUUAUGUGGCGAGACAUCUUAUAAUGUUGACCCUGAUGUUACCCCUGAACUUUCUCCUGUUGCUGAGAAUGAGGAAACUGUUGAGGGAGCAGCUUCACUAUCGAAUAGGAUCCAAAUUGAAGUUGAUGAUGGUGACGAUGAUGAUCCAUUCUCAAAGAGAAGGAGGCUGGAUAUUGGCGGGGAAGAUGUCACUCCGGUAGUUAAGCCAAUCAGAGAACCACGAGUUGUCGUUCAAACUCUUAGUGAGGUUGAUAUACUGGAUGAUGGCUAUCGCUGGCGCAAAUACGGGCAGAAAGUAGUGAGAGGCAAUCCCAAUCCAAGGAGUUACUACAAGUGCACGAAUGCGGGAUGCCCUGUGAGGAAGCAUGUUGAGAGGGCCUCUCAUGAUCCAAAAGCCGUCAUCACUACUUAUGAGGGAAAACACAAUCACGAUGUUCCCACUGCGAAAUCUAGCAGCCAUGACACUGCAGUUCCCUCUGCUCUAAGCGGACCGCCAAGAACAAGAUCAGAAGGAGAAACUGUGAGCCUUGAUCUUGGCAUGGGAAGAAGCUCGGCAUUAGAAAUUGCACCAGCGGAGAAGCAGCAGACCCUACGGCCAGAACCUGUACAAAGUCGAAUCCACUACACCAGUUCGAAUUUGGAUGCAGUUCAACCUACUCCAAUUACAGCGUAUCAUGGUUUUUUAAACGGCGGCAUUAAUCAGUUUGGAUAUAGAGAAAAUCUGACUGAGGGACAUAGCAAGUCCGCAGAAUUUCUGCAGAACAUGGGAAGAAUACUGACUGGUCCAUGACUCUGCGCCUGUUUAUUUCCAUUACUAGCUGUAUAAGAUGCUCAGAGUUCUCUUCUUUGUGGCAGCGAAGAGAAAAGUACAGGUACAGAAUGGAAACUAAUCAAGCGGGUAAUGUUGAUUAUGGCUGUCAAAUUAAGAGUUAGCAUCCAUUGCUUCUUCAAGAUACAAUGUUUUCUGUAAAAAUAUGUGCAUUACAGUUUUACUACUUUGACUUCAAUUGUACAGUAAGUCAAGGGUCUCAACAGGAAUAUCCAUGUGGAAGUUGAUUGGCUCUAUUACCAAAAGUAUGCGCUGGUUUGCAAAUUGCCUUUA